CUCCGUAGUUUAUAAUUUGUUUUGGGACGAAAAGAGUGAAAUCCAUUUGAGCUCCUUUGCUUUCUCUGACAAUUGGUUUUAGGGUUUCUUUCUGCUCAAUUGAUACACAGAUAUGGCUUUACUUUCCAAUUCAGAAUCUGAUGAAUUGUCCGCUAAUGUUUCUUCGUCCCCGCCAAAAAGCGUAUACAAAGAUCCAGAUGAUGGCCGCCAACGAUUCUUGCUUGAAUUGGAAUUCGUUCAGUGUCUUGCCAACCCUACCUACAUUCACUAUUUGGCCCAGAAUCGAUAUUUUGAAGACGAAGCAUUUAUUGGAUAUCUGAAAUACCUCCAGUACUGGCAACGCCCUGAGUACAUAAAGUUUAUAAUGUAUCCACAUUGUCUCUACUUUCUUGAAAUGCUCCAAAGUCCCACAUUUCGGAAUGCAAUGGCACAUCCUGCCAACAAGGAAUUGGCACAUAGGCAGCAAUUCUAUUUUUGGAAGAACUACCGAAACAAUAGGUUGAAGCAUAUUUUACCGAGGCCGCUUCCCGAACCUGCAAGUGCACCGCCAACUUCUGCUCCACCCGUUCCAUUGCCAUCAACAGCUGCAGCUGCCACUGCUGGCCCUGGUCCUGUCCAUCCUCCAGCCACCGCUUCAUCUCUCUCUCCAAUGCAAUAUGCCAUUCCCACUGGAUCUUCUAUUGCUAAAAAUGAUCCAAGGAAUCCGGCUGUGGACCGAAGAAAGAGAAAGAAAGAUGGGUAAUGCCAUUGAUCUGGACACAAGUAUUGGCGCGCUGAUGAUACAUAUCAUGUUUGCAGGUUGUAUAAAUCGUAUUGUUCCCUUGCUGCCAAACCAUUGGAUUUGCGGGCCCCAAGCACCGUUCAGCAUACAGUUUUUCAUACUGUGAAAAUGGCCAUUGCUAUCCAUCUUAGUUUCAGGUUAUAGUUUUAUACAGUUCCCAGGUGAACAAUUUUAGGGGUUUGUAAGAUUCAGGGUAGGUGAAGGGUUGGUAGAUUUAUUGUUUUCAUCUCUCUUUGCUCUAAUCUGGAAAUUGGAAUGAAGAUAAGAUUAUGGAUGAGACGCGGCUAUUCGCCACGGCAGCUCCUAUCACCUUGGAAACAACUACCUUUGACUGCAAUCUUCAAAAGACGUACUUAGACUGCCUGCCUUGUUCUCUCCUCCUUAAUAUAUGUAAUGUAAUUAACGAACGUUUGGUUCCAAGAAAAACAAAAUUAAUACACAAUUACUGUCUUCAUUCAAUGUAUUCCAAGUUUAACUUUCCUUUCUC